GGACCGCACGUUGACCUCGCCGUCUCCGAUAUCAAGCUCACUGUCUCGCCCGAUAUAAUCGGUCUACUGAACCGAGUGCUGGCCACGAUGACGAGCAGCGAGGAAGACAACGUGGAGGAGGACGACAAAGCCAUUAUAUACGACAACCUGUGGGCCAUACAACCAUUCAGACCUAACUCAUACUGGUUCUUGAAAACUGAGGAGGCAGAAGAGGCGAUCAACUUGGAAUCCGAGAUGGCGCUGGAGCAGGAGCGUCCUCCGACGGGGGAGAUCUGCUUGCUGUCCAGCCCCUCCAUCGUGGUGUCACUGGAGAUGGACAUCGGCAACGAGACGAUACCGGUGCUCGUGAUGCAAGCCUCGCUCACCGCGCAGCUCAGGGAUUGGAGCUCUGAU